AUGGACAAUGUGAAGGUGAUGGAGAAGUUUCAGAAGUUUAGACCCCCUUACUUCAACGGGAUUGCACAGGAUCCUUUGGCACCCACAAAAGGGAUUGAGGGAAUGGAUGAGACAUUUGAAGUAUUGACCCUCACAGGGGAACAGAAGUUAUUAUGCACCAACUAUCAACUCCAAAAUGAGGAAAGGAAGGAAAUAGACUUUAUGGAUCUGAAGCAGGGAUCCAAGUCAAUGUUAGAGUAUCAACAAGAGUUUGAGAAAUUGUUUUUCUUUGCACUUGAACAUUUGAAGGAAGAUCAUGCAAAGGCCAAGAGGUUUAAGAAGGGGUUGAGACCCACCAUUGGGGCUAUGCUAGUUGGUCAAUACCUCCACAGCUAUGCCCAAGUGGUUCAAGCCGCCAAGUCUAUUGAGGAUGAGCAGAGAGAGAACUAUCAAGCCCUAUAG